AUGUCCCUCAGAAGGGCUUUGUCGACCAAUGCUCAAAACGCGGCCCUCAGAACUCCGACAGUGCGGCCUGGAGAGAACAGCAUGAAGAUCUGGAAUCAAUUAGCUGGCGCAAACUUCGUCUUCGGACCUCCUCGCAAAGGCGGACCCAAUCUCAAAGACCAACGUCGAACUCUCUCCAAUACUCCUCGACUUGACAACCAGAAUAUGCUUGCUCACGCCGAACGAACCGCUAACAACAACCCUACCAGCGCCACUGCUCAAACAGCCUUCUAUUCCGCUCUUCUCCGAGCGAACAUGCCAAAGAUUGUCAUCGAGCGAUAUCAAACUGGCCGUUAUGCUUCCAACCCAGCGGCGGAUGCUACCUACCUCAAGGCUCUGCAAAUGACCGGCUCUGUUCCAGCUCCCGGCAUGCCUGGCUCAAAUGCUACCUCCGCCAGCUUGAGUCCUGAAAGAUUGCAAGCCGUGGGCCAAGCAGUAGCCGGGCAGAAUUAUGGUGGUCAGAUGGUCACACCUGGAACCAAGCCGGGAACGGGAGCUAAGGAAGCACCCCUUUAUGUUGUCGUUGAGGAGUCCUGGGGUGCGACUAUCCUGAAAUGGAUCAAGACGUUCCUAUGGGUCGGCCUUGCUGGCUAUUUCUUAUUGGUCGUUCUUACCAUGGUCGUCGAACUCACUGGAAGUUUUCGGACUCGAGUCGGACAAAACAACGAAGUACAGCCUCAGCACCAAACUGUUCGAUUCAAUGACGUCCACGGUUGUGAUGAAGCCAAGGAAGAGCUACAGGAACUGGUCGAAUUUCUCACCAACCCCGAGAAAUUCAACCAGCUUGGUGGGAAACUUCCCAAAGGCGUACUGUUGGUAGGACCGCCCGGAACUGGAAAGACCAUGCUUGCCCGCGCCGUCGCUGGCGAGGCAGGAGUACCUGUUUUCUACAUGUCUGGCUCAGAGUUCGAUGAGUUAUAUGUUGGUGUAGGUGCCAAACGUGUACGGGACUUGUUCUCCCAGGCACGGAAUAAGGCCCCGGCCAUCAUCUUCAUCGACGAGCUGGACGCCGUCGGCGGCAAGCGCAAUGCUCGCGAUCCCGCGUACGCCAAGCAGACCCUGAAUCAAUUGCUAACCGAGCUUGAUGGUUUCAGUCCUAGUACUGGAGUUAUCCUGAUUGCCGCUACGAACUACCCAGAAUCUCUUGACAAGGCUCUUACCAGACCCGGUCGAUUUGAUCGCCAUGUUAAUGUUCCGCUCCCUGACGUGCGAGGACGCAUCGAGAUCUUGAAGCACCACAUGAGGAAUGUUCCUGUUGCCGCCGACGUUGAUGCAACCAACCUUGCAAGAGCCACCAGCGGAAUGUCUGGUGCCGACCUUGAGAACCUUGUAAACCAAGCCGCCGUACAUGCAUCUCGUUUAAAGUUCAAAAAAGUUAACGCUCAAAACUUCGAAUGGGCCAAGGACAAGAUCAUGAUGGGUGCUGAGCACAAGUCUCGAAUUAUUCGGGAGAAGGACAAGGUUAUGACGGCUUAUCAUGAGGCCGGCCAUGCGCUGGUCAACAUCUUCACGCCAAGCAGCAGCCAACUCUACAAGAUGACCAUCAUUCCCAGAGGCCGUGCUCUAGGAGUUACACAUUUCUUGCCUGAAAUGGAUGCAGUUAGUAUGGGCUACGAUCAAUUUCUCGCCUCGAUCGAUGUGUCAAUGGGUGGCAGAGCAGCCGAAGAACUGAUUUAUGGACCCAACAAGGUCACCAGCGGCAUUCAGGCAGACGUCCAGUCGGCCACGCGAACUGCUUAUCAUCUUGUCACACAAUGCGGCUAUUCUGCCAAACUGGGCAAUGUCGAUCUCCACAGCGACUACAACAAUCUAUCCAGCGAGACAAAGCAGGAAAUCGAGCGUGAAGUGCGGGAUAUUGUUGAAGCAGGAAGACAACGGGCCGAUAAGAUUGUCAAAGAAAAAAGAAAAGAGCUUGAGGCUCUAAAGGAUGCCCUUCUUGAAUUUGAGACCCUUGACGCUGAAGAAAUCACAAAGGUUAUGCGAGGGGAGAAGUUAAAGCGCCUCGAAGUCGAGUUACGCGAAAAUGAAGAGAAAAAUAAUGAAAGUGGAGGGAGAGGGAACAAUCCCCAACCCAAGAAGGAUAAGGAGACUGGGCCGAAAGGCGGCGUAGGAAUCAAGCUCCCUGAUGUCCUGCUACCACCGGCCACCGGUGGCCGGGGAGGUGAGAAAGAGAGCGCACGAGUGAGCGAGAGAUGA